AUGAAAGAGGCCUUCUCCACGCCAUUGCAAGGGUACGAUGCGCUUCGUAUUCUAACGCAAAUCUUGUCGUUUCAGACAAUCCACUAUCUGAUCCUUGCCACACUUGUGCCUCCGAUGCUGGCGAUCUUUGCAGAGACGUCGUCGCUCAUGUUCGAAGGAGGACCUACACAGGUGGGAAUGGUGUUUGAUUGGAGGCAGAUCGCGGGUCGUCCCACGUAUGAUUGGACUGCGCCGCGACAGCUUGGAGAGAUCGGAUGGACCGAGGAUGGUAAGCAAGACGAGGUACGAGGUGAAGUGGUGGUGGAUCCUGCGGUGCUUGUGCGGUGGAAUCUGGACAAUGUAUGGCUGGAUGAGCCGCUGAUACGCGGUGCGUCGGUGCAAGACAAAGUGCUGGAUCACGACGACAUCCUUCGAUUCAAAACCGCACGUAAUACUACCACCUCUUCUCACACGACUAGCACGUCUACGCCAAUCUCGGACAACACAUCCGUACAAGAAGCGCUGCAACACUGGGAAUGGUCGCACACACGCGACUCGGCUCGCUCGUACACGCUCAUGUUCACGUGGCUACUCACAAUCCCGCUCGACAUCCUCCUCCUCGUCUACCUCGUCCGUCGACCCACGCACAUGCUCGACCACGCACUCACCCUGCACCUCAUCAACCUCGUCGUCUCCUCCUACUACACGCGCCAUCUUCCCACAGCCUUCAGGUGGUGGCUCACAAUGUUGGUCCAUGCUGCACUCUUGGUCGUCUGGAGCGAGCAAUUGGCCAUCAAGAGAGAAAUGGGUAGAAGUCUCGGGUAUAGUCUCGUAGGAAACGGUCUCGUGGACCAAGAACUAGGUACAAAGCAAAAACCACCACCACACGUCGUAUUCGAUGCUGAUCAUGAUGCUUAUGAAUUGCGCCGUUUGUAA